AUGCCUGGAUGGUUCAAAAAGGCGUGGUACGGGCUGGCUUCUCUGCUCAGCUUCUCCUCCUUCAUCCUGAUCGUCGUUGCCCUGGCGCUGCCCCGCUGGCUGAGUGGGAAAAUCCUCUGUCAGACGGGAGUGGACCUCGUCAACGCCACGGAUCCAGAGCUGGUCAAAUUCGUCGGAGACAUUUACUACGGACUCUUCCGCGGUUGUAAGGUGCGGCAGUGCGGGCUGGGCGGCCGCCAGUCCCAGUUCACCAUCUUCCCACACCUGGUGAAGGAGCUCAACGUGGGCCUCCACGUCACGGUUCUGCUGCUCCUCUUCUUGGCCUUGGCACUGUCUCUGGUCAGCAUGGGCUUCGCCAUUCUCAACAUGAUCCAAGUUCCAUACCGGGCAGUCAACGGCCCCGGGGGCAUCUGUCUAUGGAAUGUUCUUGCAGGUGGAGUCGUGGCCUUGGCCAUCGCCAGCUUCAUGACCUCGGUAAAAUUUCACGACCUGACAGAACGAAUCGCCAACUUCCAGGAGAAGCUCUUUCGCUUCGUGAUGGUGGAGGAACAGUAUGAGGAGUCCUUCUGGAUCUGUGUGGCCAGCGCCUCAGCCCAUGCCACUAACCUGAUUGUGGUGGCCAUCAGUCAGAUCCCCCUGCCGGAGAUCAAGGCCAAGAUCGAAGAGGCCACGGUCACGGCCGAGGACAUCUUGUAUUAAUGACCUGCACCUAAAACCAGUUUUUGGUGUGAGUGGAAACCUCCCUUUUCUUUUUCCAGGUUUCACAGUCCAGAAUGUCUGUGCUACUGGCAGAAAGAAGAAGGAAGUGGAAGGAGGGA